GUACGCAUGUACAUAAGAUUCCUUGCAAUCAGUUUAAGUUAUUAUUGACCAUGACAAGAUCGUUAAAGAUUGCUCUCACAAUAAUUCUAAUUUAUUGCUACAGAACAAAUUGUCAGACUGUUGAGGGUAUCCUGGACUUGUAUUGUCCCUGUACACAGAGAUCUCAAUGCUCGGAGAUAUUUGGAGAUGACGGGGGCCCAUCGGAAUACACUUCUAUACUCAGGGCUCUUCCUGUCUGUCCGCAAUACAGGGUUCGAUGUUGUUCGAAGGACUCAAUGUUUCAUGCGAUAAUGCUGAUCCUAGCCGCAGAUAGAGCCAGGUCGGGACGGUUUGACUCAAGGGUAGAGGAAGGAAGGCAUCUGCUUCUACCACCACCUGGAGCUCAGGAACAGAAAGUAAAUGAAGUGAAGUGUGUUCCGGUGAGCUCCUGUCCACAAGAAGAUAUCUACGGGACGAAUCCUUCUCAUUUUGUUAAAUAUGGUUUCAUCAGUCCUUCUCAGAGGAAAUGUUUUACGAGUUCCGGAAAUGUACUGUGUGUUGUGAAAGGAAAUUUUGGAACUGAACCCGCCUCAGCUCAAACUACAGAAGCUACUGUACCAUUAAUCCAAGGAGGAAACCUGGUUAAGUGUGUACCUGCCAGCUCAUGUCCCUUGGAUGAUAUCUACGGGACGGAUCCUUCUCAUUUCAUCAAGUAUGGUUUCAUAAGUCCUUCAGAGGCAAAAUGCUUUGCAAGCUCCGGAAAUGUUCUGUGUAUUGUUAGAAGCACCUCGGAGCAAACUACUCAAACUCCAUCAGCUCCUGUUACAUUCAUCCCGGUUCCUUUUCCAACCCGUCCUCCAUCAACUAGUCCUACUUCUCCUGUUAUUCGUCCGCCAACACCCUCUCCUGUAAUUCGUCCUCCCACCUCUGUGCCGGUCAUUCGUCCCCCAACCCUUCCUCCAUUUUUCCGUCCUCCUGCCCCUCAACCAACUACACAAGCUUCACCCCCUGGUUCUAGCUUCAUCCUUCCAUGUCUUCCCUUCUCCUCUUGCUCUGAAAUAUUUGGAACCAAAGAAUCCCAUUUUUCUGAUUUUGGAGUUCAGCCACCCUGUUCCAAACCUAACCUGGUUCGAUGCAUCUCUUACCGUCCCGUUCUAUCAGAUAUUGUGGAUGCAUCACUUACUACUCCCUCACCAUCUCCUACUCGUCCGACGCCUACUACUACACGUCCUACUGAAGCACCAACUCGUCCUGCUCCACCUGCAAAUUAUGUAGAACUGCCAUGUGUUCCAUCAUCUCAAUGUGCCGAAGUAUUUGGAACUCAAGGGAUACAUUUUAUCCUUUAUGGAUUUCAAGCUCCCUGUCCAUCUGUAUCGUCAGUAAGGUGCAUUCGUUCAAAUAUUCAAACCACACCCACUCCUUCUCCGACACGUCCUACUUUGGCUCCUACACGUCCUACUCCAGGUCCUACCCGCCCUACUCCAGGUCCUACCCGUCCUACUCCAGGUCCUACCCGUCCUACUCCAGCCCCUAUACACCCUACUCCAACUACUACCCUCCCUACUCCAGCCCCUACCCGUCCUACUCCAGCUCCAACCCGUCCUACUCCAGCUCCAACCCGUCCUACUCCAGCUCCAACCCGUCCUACUCUAACCUCAACACAUCCCCCACAUACAAAUCACAUUGAACUACCAUGUCUUCCAAUCUCUUUAUGUCAAGAGAUAUUCGGUACUAAAUCUAUUCAUUUCGAAAAGUUCGGAGUUCAAUCUACCUGCUCUUCUACUUCCUAUGUUAGAUGUGUUCGUCCGGUUACCCAAACCACACCUCGUCCUGUCCAUUGUAUAACUCGUCCUCCACAAGGUUUAGUUAGUCCAUCGGUUCAGAUAAUAGGUCCUCAGCCUAUAUACGUCACAUAUAACAACAUCAAGGGACCUACUGUUGGUGGAGCAGGAUCUACAGAUCUUCAACCUGGAUCAGUCGAGAGUUUUGGAGUUAAUCCGUCCCAGGAGAAUCAAAUAAACCUUCUCCUACAAUCACUAAGAUCUCGACUACAACAACUAAUAGUUGGAAAUUCUAAAUUUUGAUGUGAAUAUGUUAAAUUUUUUUGACCUAAAUUGUGAACGACUAGUUAUUAAAUAUAUUAUAUUAUUGUAAA